GGAGAGCUCCGGGGCCCCGGGGCCGAGCGGACCGGUGACCUUGGCGAGCCGACGGCCCUGCGCAGCGCGGGGAACCGGGGUAGGGCCGGGCAGAGCUCCCGGUGCCGCCCCCUGCGCGGAGCCGCACCGGCAGUACCGGCGGCACCGGAGCGCUCCUGCGGCCGGGCCCCUCCCGUGGGCUGGCACCGGCGGACACACGAUGCAUCCCCGAGGCCUCUGGGCCACUGGCCCAGCAGCUCUGCUGCUCUUCGCCAGCGUCCUGGCAUCUGAUGCACUGCCCAGCCCCCGGGGAAGGAAGAAAGUGGUGCACGUGAUGGAAGGUGACAGCGGAGCCGUGGUGGUGCAGACAGCGCCGGGCAAGGUGGUGACCCACCGAGGGGGCACCAUCAUCCUCCCCUGCCGCUAUCACUACGACGUAACCGCCCACGAUCCCGCCGAGAUCCGCCUCAAGUGGACCAAAGUGACCGAGCCCAUGGCUUUCGUGGACGUCUUCGUGGCGCUGGGCAAGGCUCGGAGGGCAUUCGGUAGCUACCGAGGGCGCACGGCGCUGCAGGAGGAUGGCUUAGGGGAUGCCUCCCUCAUCAUCCGCAACGUCACCCUGCAGGACUACGGCCGCUACGAGUGCGAGGUCACCAACGAGCUGGAGGACGACGCCGGCAUGGUCAAGCUGGAUCUGGAAGGUGUGAUCUUCCCCUACCACCCACGCCUGGGUCGCUACACGCUGAACUUCCACGAGGCUCAGCAGGCGUGCCUGGAGCAGGAUGGCAUCCUGGCCUCACACGACCAGUUGCACCAAGCCUGGCUGGAGGGCAUGGACUGGUGCAACGCUGGCUGGCUGGAGGACGGCUCCGUGCAGUAUCCCAUCUCCCGGCCCCGGGAAGAGUGCGGCAGGAAGGACACUCCGGUGGGAGUCCGCAAUUACGGCUACCGCCACAAGGAGAGUGAGCACUACGAUGCCUUCUGCUUCACCUCCAACCUCAACGGCAAAGUCUACUUCCUGAAGACCUACCGCAAGCUGAGCUACUCGGAGGCGGUGCAAGCCUGCAAGAACAACGGGGCGGCGGUGGCCAAGGUGGGGCAGCUGUACGCCGCCUGGAAGCUGCAGCUGCUGGAUCGCUGCGAGGCAGGCUGGCUGGAGGACGGCAGCAUUCGCUACCCCAUCGUCAACCCCCGCGCCCGCUGCGGCGGCGCCGAGCCCGGCGUGCGCAACCUCGGCUUCCCCGACAAGAAGUACAAGCUCUUCGGCGUCUACUGCUUCAAAACAGCUGGGGGAGCCCCCCAGGAGAAAGCUUUGGCUGGUGGGGGGCACUCCAAUCGUGUGUGAGGUUUCCUCCCUCUCUAACGGGAGAGAUUUUCCCCUACCCCUCGCCCCCUUCUUCCCUGCCGUCCCUUUGCAGUCCCCGCUCCACACCCCCCAGACUGGGUUUAUAAGAAGGGGGGGGGGGGGGGGGGGGGAGGAAAAUCUCAUCCUCACCCUCGCCCGUGGGCUGGUCUCCCCGGCGUGGCUGCCCGCUGGGACGUGGCAGCGUGGGGAGCUGCGGGGCAGCCUCCGCGGUGGACUGGGAGAGAGGUGCCCGCAGGUGCCACGGCUUGCUGGGUGGUGCCCCGGGUGGUGCCGGUGUGGCGCUGGUGCCGCAGGCUGUGAACAAAGCCCCGGGGUGGCUUUGGGGAAACUGAGGCAGUGGCAGGAGAAUGACUUUGAGACUGCGCUGGGAUCCGGGACUGGCUCUCAAUUUACUGCCUCUCGAGCAGCGUUUUGCAUGUGCUAAAAGCCCACCCGGAGCUAAGCAGGCUUGAGACCCCCCCCCCCCCACACACACACAUAUACACAUCUUGAUGUCCUCCUCCCAGCUCUGCACUCUCCCUGGGGCCAUGCAGCACCAAGCGACACACUCACUCCUCCUGAGCAGCCAGCAGAGGACCUGACCUGCCUGACUACCCCUCCAUACCCAACCCCCCACCUUGGCACUGGGCAGGCUUUAGGGCGAGGCAUGGGGGCACCAGGCUUGGCUUCAUUCAACCUGGGUAGCCAGGGGAGCACCCACAGCCCCUCCAGCCCCCGCAUGCACCUGCUUGCCACCCCAGGGGGCUAGUGCUGGGUGAGCCAGGGGGCCACACACUGCACCCUCAGGGCUGGGGCAGCUCCUUGAUUCUUGGCUUGGGGCAGAAGCUGCCGACGCUGUGGGCAGGAAGGUGGUGGCUGGGCACCAUUCCCUGUGCCCACCUGGCUGGGCACCAUCCUGAGGCUUUUGCAGCCCUGGCACUUGCAAGCUGGACGUAGAUGAAAUAAAAGCUUCGGCUGCUUCUGAGAGCUGA